AUGCUUCUGAAGAAGCUAAAGAAUUUAACGAUAUCAGUCAAGGUUUAUGUAUGCGUGAACCAAGUGAUAGUGUGCUACUAUAUGGUGUCGUUGCCUUUCGAAUUGGGAUUCGUCGAUGCGCGAAUCCUCGAGGCACUGCCGCGCGCGGCGGCGCCGCGGCGCGCCGCGCCGUUCAGGUGCUCCUGUUUGCGGGAAUUACUGCGAAACUCGAUUUCUUCCACACGUCAAUCCGUCUUGCUUGCAGGCGGAAUUUUCAGCGCGUGAAAAUCUGCACGCGCCCCACGUCGAUUGGAAAACGUCAGGAAUCGCCGGGCGAUGUUCUAUCUGGACGGAAGAGACGCCGCCACCGCCGCCAAGUACGACUCGUCGUCGCCCAACGCCGAGGAGAAUUUCGGCUGGCGGUUGAACGAUCGGGGGAUCAUAGUAUCGCCCAGAUCGCGUCGCGUCAAGGAUCAUCGAUCACCCGCGUCGAUCCUGUCCUACUCGAGCGACUCGAACGAUUCGGAUAGCUGCAACUUCGCGCGGGACGUAUCGCGGCGGGAGCAGGAGAGCGGAAUCUACGAGAAAAUCGAGCUGAUUUCGUUCACGCGGGAUGAUCUUGAUGUCGAUUUGAUCGAGACGGACGCCAUCAAAGGAACGAGCAGCUCGCCCGCGACUGCGACCGGCAGCGGACGCAGCAUCGACGAAGAAUGCAUCACUCCCGUCUGCUACACCCCGGAGAGACUGAUCAAAUCGCAGGAAUAUCGGAUACUCAUACCGUCCCCUCGUCGCUUCACUUCCUCCCAGGUGAGAUUCACGCCGGAGAACGAGAGCUGCAGAGACUGGAGGUCCCGCCGAAAACGGUUGAGCCGCCUCAUCGAUUCCAGGCAAAUCGGUACAACGCAGCUGAGAACACUUCUAAACUUACUGAGCACGGAUACGAGAGCAUACUCGAUCUCCUCGUCCAUUUCCGAGCGCCGACAAUGGGCCGCCGACGAUUCUAACGCGUCCGUGAGAUCGAACAAUGAUCCCUCCACCGACGGAGACUGCGGUGUGCGAAGUAUGAGGACGGCCGACAGCAGCGAAUCAAGCUACGACAGACUAAACUCCACCUGGGACGACUGCAAGGGUGCAACCACCGGGCCCUCCUCCCUGGAGGACACUUCCGGUAUACAGAGCUACGAUUGCAGCUUGGAGAGCCAGAACAACGGGCAAGCGAUGUGCCUCUGCGACGAGUUGGCGAUCGCGUCGAAGGAUCGCGCCGUGAAUUUUGGAAAUGGUCGAGGUAUCGCCAUCAACGAAGUGGCGUCUAUCCUCGAAGGUUUUCGGAGCGAUCCCGGGAAGGCGACGAUUCUCCUCAAGGAGGAGGAUCGUUUCUGCGAAGGCACAUCCACGCACGACCAAUUAACCAGAUUGGCUUUGGCCAUCGAGACGGACGUGGAAGCGCCGACGGUUCCCGACGAUCCGAACAAUUGGAUACACCAUCUCCGCGAUAGAAUAGAACGGCUGCAGCUCGCCAAUAAAGAGAUCCACGGGGAUAUACGCGGUUUACGUACAAACUUUCAGUGCGACGAAAAAAAAGCGAUCAAUUUGUCGAGUGACACAAUGAGGUUGCUAGAAGACAUUCACGACUUGAGAUAUUUCGAUGACCUGGUGAAGCUCUUGGAAGGGGAACUCGAGAGAAUAUCCAGAAGAAAUUGGCCGUUCGUUCUGGGAAACAGCAGGCCUCACGAAGAGAUGAAUCUAAUCAUCUGAUCUCUAACAUCAUGACCGUAAUUUCAAAGAUAGUCGCGAAUGGUCGAUGCGCAGGAUAAAAGGAUUUUCUUCGGGAAAAGGAAAUGUAAAUGAUGACAGCCUCUUCUUUUCAAUCUCUUUGAAUUCGAUGUUCAAAGGGAAAGUACCUCUUCUCUUGGUACUCAGUGACUUAAAUAUUUUUAUGAAAAUACUAAGUAAUUCGGAAUAACAUAAAUGUGAGCAAUCUCUAAGAAUAAUUAUGCAGAAUUAGCACAAAAGAUAGAAUUAUAAAUUUCUCGAUCUUUCAAAACAAGCAAGAUGAUCUCACCUCUUGGCAGGGAAAUGAAUAUUACGAUUUCGUAUAAUAUUCUAUCAAAAUGAAUCUUGUGCAAAUAAUUAUUAGGGUAAAACUUGCAAAUUGUGAUAUAUUUCGAAUGGAUCUUACGUCUUAUUCUCUUUGAAGAAUUUUCAAUAAACGUCGAAGUCUUUUUUUUUUAA